AAGCAAACUGACGGUCCUUAAAUUUUACACUGUGGCAUGUUUUCACGUCUUUCAUGAUUUGUUUUUAGAAGUCGAAAUGGUCAGAGUUUAGGAUCUAGCUAAAGAGCUAGCCCUGCUCGUGCUGCAGCUGCUACAUUUUAUCUGACUUUUUCCCCCACCAGUUUCUUUAUGAUCGCGGUGCACGUGCAUUAAGUCAGGGUUUUAAAAAAGCUACGCUGUUGCCAUGGAUAUGGCGAUCUGUCUUUUCGUGAUAGUUUCUUACUUCCCUGACUUUCUCGGCCUGCUUUAGAGAUCAGUGCUCAGCUGUCUGCAUGGACGCGACCCAGCAGAUCGAGGACUCUUUCUUCGGAGAGGAGGAUGACUCGGGUGAUGAACAUGAUCUGGCAGAGCUAAAGAGUCAGAGAGAGCCACUAGCUGUACUGAAAGUCUUCAAAAACAACCACAUCCCAGAGACAGAGGUGCCUCUCUACCAAGGAGAGAACAUUUUGGGGAGAGACCCUACAUCUUGCUCUGUGCCUCUCCAAGCCCGUUCCAUAUCAGGCCGCCAUGCCAUCAUAUCCAUCUCUGUGUUUGGUCCUAAUGACCGUCGAGGUCACAGUGAAGAAACAGAGGCCCUGCUGUGGGACCUGGGCAGUUUAAACGGCACCAGGAAGGGACGGCUUAAACUGAAUCCACACGUACGCUACGCCCUGACUGAGGGAGACAGUGUGGUGUUCGCUGAUCUCCCCUGCCAGUACGUCAGCCUGAAGAACACAGAGAAGAACACACACACAUCCACCACUGAGAAAACCAAGCGUCCGACAUCAUCUAGCAGUAGCGCAGAAGGAGAGACUGAGAAAAGAGUGGAGAAUGGCAGGAAGAAGAGUGCGCUUCCUCCUGUGCCAGUGUGGAGUGAUGAAGAGAAAAGACUUCAGACGGCUCCCAAACAGCCAGAGACGACCCUGGUGCCUGAGUCUGACUCGGACUCUGAUGGAGAGAAGCAUGGAAGAAAAGAGAGGAGGAGGAUUGUGGCCUCAGAAUCCGCAUCUUCGGACCUUUCCAGCCCGACGAGUUCAACAUUCCUGACCCCAGCAAACAAAAUCAUUCCAGAGAGUGAGGAUGAGAGCUCUAUUACUCCAUCCCCAGCACUGAAGGGUAGAUUUCAAAAAACAGGGAAUGACACUGAAGUCUCGUCAGAUUCCUCUAAACCUGAUCCACUGCACUUCAACAUAGACAGUGAUACAGACGACGAGGACGACGAUGUGGGAAUGACGAAGGCUACGCCAGCGAUCGAGGCUGCCGUCACGGCGGAAAUGGCCGCUGUGAAUCCUGCUGAUCUGAACAUGGACAGCGACACUGAUGUAGAGGAGGAAGGUGUGGAGAAGGUCAAGAGUGAUCCUGAUGCACCUGCAAAACAAGACCUGGUAAAUCCAGCUGCUCUGACCAUGGACAGCGAUACAGAUGUGGAGGAGAAUGAGCCUGUUAAAGCGGACACUGCUUCGCUUUCUGGACCCGUGGAUGCUUUAGAGGUGAAAAAAGACACAGCAAGUUCUGCACAGAUCCACUUGGAGAGCGAUACCGAUGUUGAGGAUGAGGAUGUUCCUCAUAUCCAAGACUCCAGACCUCCAAGCAGCCGUGUAGCCGAGCUCAACAUGAACAGCGAUACUGAUGUAGAGGAAGACGAGGAAUUGACAAAAGCGAUCGAGCCGGUUUGUGACACUGACCGCAAGCAUCUAGUGAAACAAGCCGGCGAUUUUCCAGAUGCCAAAACGUUACGUCAUGAGUCAGACAGCGAUACAGAUGUGGAGGAUGAUUUCACCAAGAUCAGAACUCCUACUGUAGUGAAGGAGACAGGGAAGGAGGGUCAAACCGCUGGGGAAUACAGACCGGACACACAGCACGACAGUCCUGUUCGAGUUCAGCCUCCUGUUGAAGCUCUGAGGGAUGACUUCAGGCUGGACAGUGACACGGACGUGGAGGAGGAUGAAGAUGAGACGCAGGAGAAAGAGCAGAAGUGUGCAGAAGGAGCAGUACAGAUUGUCCAGUCGUCUACACCAAUAGGAGCAGGCUUGUCUGAAGAGGAGAAGGAAACACAAGUAUUCCUCAAUCCAUCUCAACUGUUCAAACGCCCAGGUCUCCCCUCUCUUCUCCACCCUUCUGUCUCUCCUGGAGGUGUCAGUCUCACGGAUGAUGACUUUACUGUUGCAGAAACUCAGUCUUUCGUGUGUGAUGCUGCUCGAGCUGAUGCUACACUAGACGAGACUCCACAGUUGCUGGAUGACCCCGAACCUCAGCGCUCAGCCGGAGCCUCAUCUUUCCAGCUGGACCUUUCAGACAGCAGCCAUCAACCUGCAGAAGCUGAAGAACACAAUCAGGAGCCUGGAGAGGAGGACUGGCAACUGCAGGCAACUCAGUUAUACGCAAUGAAAAAUUCAGAAGGCAGUACUAAAGCUGGGCAAACACAGCUGGAUCUGGAUGCCACACAGGCCUACACUGAUUCCAUAAGCCAUGAGGAGGUGAAAGAUGAAGGAAAAGAUGAGGAAGAAGAUGAAACGCAGCCCCGAGCUGCACCAUGUUACUCCAACAUCCACAUUGCUGAAACACAGCUCAUCGAACCCGGAGCCCAGAAUGAAGAUCCUAAUGAUCGUGACUCUAAUGAGAAGGUUAGUGCUGGUGAACCAGAAAGAAAGGAAGAAGAGGAGGUACAAGCGGAUUCGCAUCUCUCUACCGCAGACACUCUGCUGAUCAUCAGGAGCCCGAGGCAGGAGGAGCAGACGCAACCCUAUGCUUUCCUCGCUGAGAUAAUUCAGAAAGAACGAGAGAGCAAGGAUGAAGAAAGAGACGAGGGACAAGGGGCUCAGAAUGAAACGAACGAUAGUGUGGGACAAGAGAAUGACGGAAGAGAGAUCAAAGGAACUGGGAGAAUGGUGAUGGAAACGAAGAAUGGAGUCACUGGAGACUCUGCUGAAGAUGUGAAGAAGGAAGGAGAUGAGAAUCAAAUAGGAGGAAAUGAUAAUGAAGUAGAUGAAGUGCAAAUGCAGCCUGCUGAGGCUGAUACUAUUAUUGAAACACUGCCCAUCUGUGAGGAGGAAGAAGAGAAGGGAAAUGAGGAUGAACCCAGCUCGAGCAGAGGAACACAGUCUGCUCAGUCAACACAGUGCAUCGAGUCUGAUCAUCACACUAAUGCUGCUGUCGCUAUUGCUGAAACACUGCCUAUGUGUGAGGAGGAGGAAGAGAAGGGAGAUGAGGAAGAGCAUGAGGUUAAACCCAGCUCGAGCAGAGGAACACAGUCUGCUCAGUCAACACAGCGCCUUGAGUCUGAUCAUCACACACAUGCUGCUCUCGCUAUUGCCGAAACGCUGCCUAUGUGUGAGGAGGAAGAAGAGAACGCACAUGAGGAAGAGCAUGAGGAUGAACCUAGCUCCAGCAGAGGAACACAGUCUGCUCAGUCAACACAGCGCCUUGAGUCUGAUCAUCACACUAACGCUGCUCUCGCUAUUGCCGAAACACUGCCUAUGUGUGAGGAGGAAGAGGGACGGGAGGAAGAGGAGAAUGAAAACAGGACACAAAAGGAGGAGGCGCCGAAACAGUCUGUCGAGUCUGAUAAAGUCACAUGUGCGGCGGUUGCUGAGACGUUACCGUUGUGUGCGGAGGAUAAUGAGGGACAGGAGGAAGAGGAAGAGCAACUGAAUGAAGUCAUGUCUAUCAAGAGAUCCAGUAGGAGGAGACAAAAUCCUAAGACAAAGCCAACCAAGCUUGUCAUGGGUCAUGUCGCCAUUCCUGAAACCUCACUGAUGUGUGAUGAAGAGGAAGGACAAGAGGAAAAGCCACAAAGUGAAGUCAAGCCUGUUAGAAAAUCCCACAGAGGAAGGCGGACUACUAAUGUCGAGGCCACACAACCUCUGGAGGCCGAUUCUACAGCUGAAGCUACAAAGAUGGAAGAGGAAGAACAAGACACUAGAAGGAGCCUGAGAGGAAAAAGAGGGAGAGAAACAUCUGUCAAGGGUAAAGGCAGAGGAAGAGCUCCUGUAGAGAAAGAUAGGAGAGGAAAGAGAGGAAAAAUAGAGCAAGACGAGGACAGGGAUGAAGAGCUAGAUGGCGGGAACAGAGAAAGAGGUCAAAAGAACCUGAGGCAAAAAUCCAAAGAUGACGAAAAAGCCAGACUCGAGGAGAAGGAGAAGAAUGAAGAAGCUAGAGAUCAACUAGAAAGAGAAGAGAGCAUACGACUGGAGAAGGAGAGGAAGGAGAGAGAAGAACGUGAAAAGCAGGAGCAAGAAGAAAAGGACAGAUUGGAGAGAGAAAAGAAGGAAAGAGAAGAGAAAGAACAGGCUGAAAGGGAGAUGAAAGAAAAAGAGGAAAAAGAAAGGGUUGAAAGAGAGAAACAGCUGGAAAAGGAAAGGAGAGAAAAAGACAGGUUAGAGCAAGAGAGGAUAGAGAGAGAAAAUAAGGAAAAGGAGGAAAAAGAGAAACUUGAAAAGGAGACAAGGAAAAGACGAGAGCUUGAGGAAAAACUUGAGCGUGAAAGGAAAGAACAAGAAGAAAAAUAUAGAUUAGAAAGAGAGAAAAGGGAGAGAGAAGAGAAGGAAAAAAUGGAACAGAAGGAGAAAGAGAGUAAAGACAAUAAUGAGGGCGUGGAAAAAGAAAAGAGACAAGCACCAGGAAGACGGAAAGCAGAAAGAAAGGGGAAAAAGAGCAAGAAAGAGGAGGAGACAGAAUUAGAAGAAGGAACGGAAGAAAGACUGGAUAGCGAACAACAAAAAAAAGAAUGUGAAGAAAGCAGCAGCAAAAAGCAAGAGAAUGAACAAGCUGAGAGCGACUCCAAACCCAGACGAGGCCGACGCACUGCCAGGAAAUCUCUCGCUCCUCCUGCUGACAUGGAGGAUGAAGGCGGUCCAGCUAAAAGAACUCGCUCGCGCUCCAACUCCUCCAACUCGGUAUGUUCGGAGCAGUCCACUCAGGAUAGCAUGAACGAAGGAAUAAGAAGAGGGAGAAGAAGAACUAUCACAGCACCCUCUAGUCAGAAGGAGGACACAAAGCAAGCUGUUCACUCUCGCUCCAACUCCAGGAGUUCGGACAGAUCCAGCGACAGUGUGGCCACUCAGAGCCGAGGCAGGGGAGCGAAGAGGAGGAAGAGCGUGAAAGCCGAAGAGCAGGAGGAGAAGGUGGAGGAGAGAAAACCGUCAGCAGCUGUGGGGAGAGGAAGAGGAAGAGGUGGGAAACGUCCUGGUGCAAAUGACAUUAAAGCAGAAGCAGCUUGUGAGGCAGAGGAGGAGGAGGAGGAGUCUGUACCUGCUGAGGACAGUUUUACGAGCCAAAGCAGCAGCAGGGGGCGGAAAAGAGGCGCUGAUGUUUCUAAGACAGAAACUCCUCAGCCGACCCCUAAAACCCCUCGCCGCUCUUUAACUGGGCCGACACACAAGGUUCUGUUUACAGGAGUCGUGGUUGAGGACGGAGAGAAGGUGGUGAUGCAUCUAGGUGGAGGGCUGGCUAAAGGCGUGGCUGAUAUGACUCACCUAGUGACCGAUAAAGUUCGUCGUACCGUUAAGUUCCUGUGCGCCGUGGCCCGGGGCGUGCCGAUCGUUACCCCUGACUGGCUGAGCAAGUGUGGUAAAGCCGGAAGCUUCCUCUCUCCUAAUGGAUUCUUAGUAAAAGAUGUAGAGCAAGAGAAGAGAUUUAACUUCAGUCUUCAGGAUGCUCUGAGAGUAGCCAACUCUCAGCCGCUAUUGCAGGGUUAUGAAAUCCAUGUAACACCCUCUGUGAAGCCUGAGCCGGCUCAGAUGAAGGAGAUCAUUACCUGCUGUGGGGCACGUUUCCUUCCCAAAAUACCCUCGGCUGUCAAGGCUCAGACAGUGGUGGUGGUGUCAUGUGAAGAGGACAGAGCACUGUGUGAAAGAGCUCGGAGUUUGUCUUUUCCUGUGGUUAGCGCCGAGUUCCUACUGACUGGCAUUCUGCAGCAAAAAGUGGACUUGCAAGCACAUAGUCUUCCCCUUUCGCCCGCUGCUGCUGCAGCGCCCAAACCUAACGCCCGCACACGGGGGAAGUAGUUCCUGGGCAUAAAAGAAAGACAGAGAUUUCUUCUGAGUCUGCUUCUGUGAGGAUUGGCGUGCGAUGUGAUUCCUUCAGCGCACUUUGGGGCCUUAUUAAAAGCUGCUAAGAACUGUGAGACGUCAAGCAAUCCUUCAUACAUCCGUCAAGAACUCUGUCUAGUCAUUUUUAAGCUACACUCUUAGAAAAAAACUUGUAUUUAUCUGCACCUUUCCUAGUCGUUGGGUUGGUAGCCUUAAGUGUACAUCUUUUGUUCAAUUGAUAUGCAGCCUUCACUUGUGGAAAUAGUGUACCUUUAAACAUGAGUAAGCACAUAAAUGGACUGUGUUUUGUUUUUAGGAUAAAGCUUUGAAGGUGCACUAUUGGCAUCCCUGGUAGGAAUCUGAUGCUGGCCAUUUUACUGAACUAAGGUUGGGUGCCAGGGUCGACGAUCACCUUUAAAUCCACCUUGCCAACUUUUGGCCAGUUACAUUUUAAAAUCCACGUUAUGAAAAGUAUGCCUUCGCUAACAAUGGAAGAAAGUCAGCAAGGUUGUUAUGAAAACUGAUCCAUCAACCAGCAAUGCCAAUGUUCCUACCACACUUUUCCAGUGAAGAGACUUUUUUUUUUUUUUUUUUAAUUCAGUGUGUGAAAAACAAACAAUAACAACUGUCAACAUUUUCAAGCCAUAACAAUACAGUCCAUAACAAUUCAGUCUAUCAGUCCUUCAGUCCAAAGGAAGUGCAAAGUCCUUUAGCAAAGCCAUCUUUUUAUUGCUUUUAAGUUCUUAGAGAGCUCAAUAGAUUCAAAAUACAUUUUCAAUUCAAGUUUAAAUCUUAUAAAAAGAGGUUUGCAUUUAGAAAAUUUACAUUUAUGAAUAUGAUAUUUAGCAAACAGGAAAAUAAGGUUUAUGAGAUAAGUAUCACCCUUUUUUCCACUUUCGUGAAAGCCAAAAAUUACAUUUCUGUAAGUAAACUCAAAAUUAGCAUUCACAUAACAUUUGACAAAUUCAAGAAUGUCACACCAAAAUGUAAGAGCAAUUCCAGAACAAAUGUAAAGAAGUUUCAGGGAUAUCUAAACAGAAAGAACAGUUGGUAUUAAUAUCAUUCUUAAGUCGUUUAAGAGAGCACUUAUCCGGGUAAAUUCUAUGAAUCAACUUAAAGGCAAUUUCUCUCAUUUUCUUAGUAAUUAAAUAUUUGUGAGGUAAUGACCAAACUUUCUUCCAUGGAAUAUCACUUACUAAACCAUUCCAAUACGAGAUUACAUAAGGCACAGAAAUGGACUCCGUCUGAAAUAACACUCAAAUUUUCUUAUUGUUUUUUGACUUGGAUGAUGAAAGGCACUGCUGAGAUUGGAAAAGAAAGACCUCUAAAAAGCAUGACAACUCCAUGUGGCACUGCAUCAGCAACAAUUGCACUCUUUCAGACUAACAGGAAUUCCACGCUUAACUAAAAACUCAGAGUAAUUACAGAUCGAACCAUUUUGAUUGAAAAGUUGAGACACGAAAACAAUACCAUUUUUAAACCAAAUUUCAAAAAAGAUAGAUUUGUGUUUAUACAGUAGAUUCUUAUUGUUCCAGAUUAGAUAUGAGUGAGGUGUAAAAUUGUGUUUAAAAAUGAGGGACCAAGCUAAUAACAUUUGCCUAUGAAAAAGAGAGAAUUUGACAGGGAUUUUCAUGAUGUUAUAGUUACAAAUUAAUAAAAAAAUGUAAACCACCUACUUUGGAAAAAAACAGCAUUAGGGAUCAGAUUCCAUAUAGAUGAGGGCAUAUUGAUACAGAUUCUUAUCCAAUUAAUUUUAAAGGUGUUGUUUAAAGUGGAGAAAUCAAGAAAGUUCAACCCGCCUUUCUCAGUGGUGUUCAUAAGUACAGACUUUGUAAUAAAAUGAGUUUUAUUCGUCCAAACAAAGUUGAGAAGCAUUGUAUCAAUUUUUUUAAGAAUGGCAGUGUCAACAUUCAAAGAGAGAGAGCAGUAUAUGUUAAUCUUGACAAACCUUCAGCUUUGGCUAGUAAGAUUCUUCCCUUCAAUGAGAGAUCACGUUGGAGCCACAUAUUCAGUCUUUUCUGAGUACUUUCAAUUAAUGGAUUAAAAUUUAAGGAGCAUCUUUCCAAAUCAUUUUUUGUUAUAAGAACACCUAAAUAAGAUUACCUGAUCUGUGAUUUGAAUAUUACAAAUUUCUGACAAAUUACAUUCUUUGAUGGACAUCAAUUUGCACUUUGAGAGGUUCAAAAACAGGCCUGAUGCUUUGGAAAAUUGCUGAAUAUACUUUAGUGCUAAAGGAACUUGUUUAGCAUCUUGCAAAAAAAAGUGUGGUAUCAUCAGCCAGUUGACUGAUAAGUAUUUGUUUGUCAGCAAUAGAAACACCAUGAAGACCACUAUUAGAAAUAUAAGAAGCGAAUAUCUGGGGAAACUAGUAAAAAUAAAUAAGGGGAUAAUGGACACCCUUGUCUAAUACCACGUGACAAGCAAAAUCUAGGAGAAGUACCAUAUUUUAAUUUAAUUGUGCUACUACAGUUGUGAUAUAGAGUUCUCACUGCCUUACAAAAAUAUUCACCAAAACCAAAUUUUUCCACUGAUUUAAAUAUAAAUUUAUGUUCAACUGAAUCAAAGGCUUUAUAAAAAUCCAGGAAGAAGAAUGAAACUUAUGUUCAAGCAAAUCAUUAUAAUCUAGUAAGUCUAAAACUAAUCUAAUAUUAUUCAUUAUGUGUCGGUCCCUCAUAAAUCCAGAGUCUCAUCUAUAACAGUAUCCAAACAAACUUUAAGUCUUUUAGCAAAUAUUAUAGCGCAAAUUUUAUAGUCAUUAUUAAGGAGUGUGAUGGGUCACCAGUUGUCUAAAUUGGUAAGCUCUUUCUUAGGUUUAGGAAUUAAUGUUAUGAUACCUUGCAUCAGUGUAGGAGGUAAAGCCUCUUUUUCAAUACUUUCUCUAAAAACCUGAGUUAAGAAAGGAGUAAGUUCAUCAGCAAAUACUUUGUACAGCUCAGUUGUAAGUCCAUCACACCCUGGGGAUUUAUUGUUUUUCAAAUUCUUGAUUGCUCUUUGUACUUCCUCAGGAGUAACAAUGCUAUCACAAAAAAAUCUAUCCGUUUCAGAAAUAACUUUAACAUAAUUAACUGAGUCUAGAAAUGAGGACGUUGUCUGCUCUGAGUACUUGGAACUAUAAAGAUUCUUUAUAGAAAAAACUGGCACUGUAAUUUGCUAUUUCCUUUGGAUCUUUAACAAUUUUCCAUCAACACAUAGUUGUUCAAUUGUUGAGAGGGCAAAAUUACGCUUUUCCAGCUUAAAAAAAAAUAUGCGGAAUUGAGUUCUCCCUCUUCGAGCCAUUUUUUCCUGGAUCUUAUAUAAGCGCCCCUAGCUUUAGAUAUGUAUAAUUCAUCCAAUUUCAUUUGCAAAUCUGCAAUUUCAGAUUUUUCCUGCAGCGACAAGCAAUCAAAAUGAUUAAACUGAGAUAAUUUCAUGAUUAGGUUGUCUUCAGGAACCCUUCUUUUUCUGGCUAAACGUGUUCCAACUUUUCUUAAAUAAACACCUGUCUCAAACUUAAAAAGGUCCCAAAUGAUACCAAAAGAAUUUUGAAUUGUGGCUGCUUUCCAAUUAAUUCUUUAAUUUUAUCCUUUACAUCUGGUAAUUCUAGCAGUGAACUGUUAAGUUUCCACAAAGAAGCUCUGCAUUGGGCUGUUACAUAAUCUGCCAUUAAAGGGGUAUUAAUGAAGAUAGUCUUGUGGUCGGUUAACGGGGUACAUUGAAUGCCGACACUCAGAUCAAAAUUUGACAUACUUUUUGAUAUGAGCCAAUAGUCAAUACGAGAUUGUCUUGAUCCACUUUUAUUGGCCCAAGUAAACUCUAAAUUAUUAGGGAAUCUUUCCCUCCAAAUGUCCACCAUUUCAAACUUGUCUAUUAGGUCUAAAAGUGCAAGGCUAGAACAAACGGUACUUUUUGGAGGAUAUCUGUCCAAAGAAUUAUUAAAUGACACAUUAAAGUCUCCUCCUAGAAUGAAAAAUGCAUUAGGAAAUUUAUUAGACCAAUAUGUAAACUUCUCAUCUAAUUUGUUAAAAAAAGUUCAUUAUCCAAAGAAUUAUUGUACCCAUAUAUAUUUCCAAGAAUUACAAUUUGUGGGUUAAGUGAGAUCACUAGUAAAUGAAAAUGACCCAAACUAUCUGAUUCUGACCCUAAUAUAUCCCCACCAAAUUUGUUUCUCAGGAUACUUACACCAGCUGAGUGUUCAGUGCCAUGUGAACUCCAAAUAUCGUUACCCCACUGAGAUUUCCACCAUUUGUAAUCAUCAAUAGUCGAAUGACAUUCCUGAAGAAAACAGAAAUCUGAUUUGUGUUUUUUUAGCAAACAAAAAAAGAGCUUUUCGUUUCACACUUCAUCCCUGAGGCCCCUGGCAUUAAAGGAUAUUAAUGACAAUGACAUGAACUACGAACAAUAAAGAAAGGAACAGAACAAAGUUUAAGUAAAUGAGUGAACCAGAAGAGUACACUCGUUCAAUCACUAUCCUCCAAAAAGAGCAAACAACCACAACAACAGCUCAACCGGGAAUAAGGUGUUCUAAUUUAAGUUCAGAUAAUAACAAAGACUACACUUAAACUUCUGCUUUCAAAUAAAGAUUUAAAGCCCAAAGAAA